AUGUCGCCCUCUUGUGGUCGCGCCCGGGACGUGAGCCUGCUUGGUGCUGCCCCUGGCGCUGGCACAGAGCUGUACACCUCCCACUCUCGCUUCUCAUCAUAUUUCUGUGUCUUUGACAACAAGAGGAAACAACGCAUCCUCACAUCCGCGGCAGAGCAGAGCGCGCCCCCUGCUCCGCCGCAGCGGCAGCACGCACGUGCACGCGCACGCACGCACGCGCAUUCCUUUGAGGAGGGCGAGAGCGCACACUCCGCGUCUCCUUCACGGCGCGAUGGCGUGAGCCUGGAUUGCACUAAAACACAGGAGCUGUGCUUUAAGGACCGCGCUGUCAUGGAGCUGCCGCCUCUGCCGCGUGUGCCGCUUCUGCAGCGCGUGCUGUUGCUGUCUCUGCUGUGGACACACGCGCUCUGCGGAUCUCCGAGCGUACAGAUCGGGGGGCUGUUCCCGCGAGGAGCCGACCAGGAAUACAGUGCAUUCCGCGUGGGCAUGGUUCAGUUCGGCAUGGCAGACUUUCGCCUCACGCCUCACAUCGACAACCUGGAGGUCACCAACAGCUUUGCUGUCACCAACUGCUUCUGUUCGCAGUUCUCCCGCGGCGUCUUUGCAAUCUUCGGCUUCUACGAUAAGAAGUCGGUGAACACCAUCACGUCUUUCUGCGAGACGCUGCACGUGUCCUUCAUCACGCCCUCCUUCCCCAUCGAGGGCACCAACCAGUUCGUCCUGCAGAUGAGACCCGACAUCAAAGGCCCCCUGGUGUCGCUGGUGGAGUACUACAAGUGGGAGAAGUUUGCCUAUCUCUACGACAGCGACAGAGGGCUGUCCACACUGCAGGUCAUUCUGGACACUGCAGCCGAGAAGAAGUGGGUGGUGACGGCUAUAAACGUGGGAGAGCUCAAAGACGAAAGGAAAGACGAAGCUUAUCGCUCGCUCUUCCAGGACCUGGAGAUCAGAAAAGAGCGACGGAUCAUCCUGGACUGUGAACAAGACAAAGUCAAAGACAUUCUGGAGCAGGUGAUCACCAUCGGAAGACAUGUCAAAGGAUACCACUACAUAAUCGGCAACCUGGGGUUCUUGGAUGGAGACCUGUCUAAGAUCCAGUAUGGAGGAGCCAACGUGUCGGGCUUCCAGAUCGUGGACUUUGAUGAUCCAGUUGUGGCCAAGUUUGACCAGAGAUGGGAAGCGCUGGAGGAGAAGGAGUACCCAGGAGCCGACGCACGCAUCCGAUACACGUCGGCCCUCACCUUCGACGCGGUGCAUGUGAUGACGGAGGCCUUCCGCUUCCUUUACAAACAGCGGAUCGACAUGAACCGUCGUGGGAACACGGGCGACUGCCUGGCCAACCCCGCGGUGCCCUGGGCCCAGGGCGUGGAGAUCGAGCGCGCACUCAAACAGGUGCGGGUGGAUGGACUCACAGGGAACAUCCAGUUUGACCAGUACGGACGCAGGGUCAACUACUCAGUGACCAUCAUGGAGCUGAAGAACAAUGGCCCAGUCAAGAUCGGUUAUUGGAACGAGCUGGACAAGAUGGUGGUGACCAAGUCGGACCUGUACCCCAACGAGACCAUGGGCAUGGAGAACAAAACAGUGAUCGUCACCACCAUCCUGGAGGCUCCGUACGUCAUGCUGAAGAAGAACGCAGAGCUCUUCCAGGACAACGAGCGCUAUGAAGGGUACUGCGUGGACCUGGCUGCAGAGAUCGCCAAGCACUGUGGCAUCCGUUACCAGCUGCGCAUCGUGGGGGACGGCAAGUACGGGGCCCGCGACGCAGAGACCAAGAUCUGGAACGGGAUGGUGGGGGAGCUGGUCUACGGGAAAGCAGACAUCGCUAUUGCUCCCCUGACCAUCACACUGGUCCGAGAGGAGGUCAUCGACUUCUCCAAGCCCUUCAUGUCCCUGGGCAUCUCCAUCAUGAUCAAGAAGCCGCAGAAGUCCAAGCCGGGGGUCUUCUCCUUUUUGGACCCGCUGGCCUACGAGAUCUGGAUGUGCAUCGUGUUCGCGUACAUCGGAGUGAGCGUGGUGCUGUUCUUGGUAUCCCGCUUCAGCCCGUACGAGUGGACCCUGGAGGAACCGGAGGACGGAGCUCUGCCUCUCACCACCGAAUCCAACAACGAGUUCGGCAUCUUCAACUCACUCUGGUUCUCGCUGGGAGCCUUCAUGCGCCAGGGCUGCGACAUCUCCCCCAGGUCCCUCUCCGGGCGCAUCGUGGGCGGGGUCUGGUGGUUCUUCACUCUCAUCAUCAUCUCGUCGUACACGGCUAACCUGGCUGCCUUCCUCACGGUGGAGCGCAUGGUGUCUCCCAUCGAGAGUGCAGAGGACCUGGCCAAGCAGACCGAGAUCGCCUACGGGACCCUGGACUCAGGAUCCACCAAGGAAUUCUUUAGACGCUCAAAGAUUGCCCUGUUCGAUAAGAUGUGGCAGUACAUGAAGUCGGCUGAGCCCUCUGUGUUCGUGAAGAAGACCUCAGAGGGCGUGCAGCGCGUCCGAAAGUCCAAAGGGAAGUACGCCUACCUGCUGGAGUCCACCAUGAACGAGUACAUCGAGCAGCGGAAGCCCUGCGACACCAUGAAAGUGGGCGGGAACCUGGACUCCAAAGGCUACGGCAUCGCCACGCCCAAGGCAUCGCCAUUAAGAAACGCGGUGAACCUGGCGGUCUUAAAGUUGAACGAACAGGGUCUGCUGGACAAACUGAAAAACAAGUGGUGGUAUGACAAGGGCGAGUGCGGCAGCGGUGGAGGGGAGAGCAAGGAGAAAACCAGCGCUCUGUCGCUCAGUAACGUGGCCGGGGUCUUCUACAUCCUGGUGGGGGGACUGGGGCUGGCCAUGAUGGUGGCCCUGGUGGAGUUCUGCUACAAAAGUCGUGCGGAGGCCAAGAAAAUGAAAAUGAAGUUCACUGACGCCAUGCGCUCCAAAGCCCGCCUGUCCAUCACGGGCUCCACCGGUGAGAACGGCCGCGUCCCUGUGCCCUACCUGCGGCCCGGACUACCCAUGAGCCUCAGCAUGACGCACCUGUCCUGA